AUGACGCCGAGAGCUGCAGACGGUCCAGCGACGGACGACGCAGACGUUGCAGCACUCAGUGGACAAAAGACGGCGUUUGUGGCCGAGAGCAAUGGCGCGUACGGAUACGGAGGCCACGCGACGCUGCGAGUCGACGCGAUGCGUCUGAACGAGUUCCCUCAGCUGCAACAGAGCGUUUACUUGGACCACGCAGGCGCCACACUGUACGCCAAGACGCAGCUCGACGCUGCGUUCCACGAGCUGCAAACGGGACUGUUUACGAAUCCUCACAGUGCAACGGACCGGAGCCCUAUCGCGUCGACGACAGCCAAGAUCGAAGCCGUUCGACGUCAAGUGCUGGCGUUCUUCUCGGCCAGUGAAGAAGAGUAUACGCUGAUCUUCACGUCGGGAGCGACCGCGUCACUAAAGCUCAUUGGCGAGAGUUUUCCGUGGACGAACGACAGCACCUUUGCGUACUCUAUGGACUCACACACGAGCGUGCUUGGGAUCCGAGAGUAUGCGGCAGCUCGGGGGUCAGCGACCCAAUGUGUCGGACUCAGUGAGCUCAAGCAACUCAAGGAGCAAGGGACGCCCGGCAGCGAACAGCGCUCAGCUGACAAUGCGCGCUCGCUGUCUUUCGACCCCCCCUCAGAAGCUGCGUCGACGAGUUUGUUUGCGUUCCCGGCAGAGUGCAACUUUAGCGGCACGCGCCACAACAUGAGCGCUAUAUUGGACCAAGUCCGUGCUGGUCGCUGGAAAAGCUCAGCUAACAAGAACACACGAUGGCUGGUACUGCUCGAUGCAGCCAAGUACGUAGCGACCGACCGUCUCGAUCUCUCGACACACCACCCCGACUUCGUUGUGCUCUCGUUCUACAAGAUCUUCGGCUACCCUACAGGGCUUGGCGCACUCAUCAUGCGUAAAUCUGCCAUGUCGCAGUUGACGAAGCACUACCAUGGCGGUGGAACAGUGCAGAGCAUUUCAGCCACGCGCAAUUAUUACGUUCCACGUGGAGUGGCCGACGUGGCGGACACGAGCUCUCGUUUUGCGGAUGGCACGCAGUCGUUCCUGUCGAUCAUAGCUUUGCGUCACGGAUUCGAGCAAGUCGAGAAGCUGGGCAUGGCUAACAUCUCAGCCCACACUACAGCUCUAAGGAGGCUGCUUGUUGGACAGCUAGUUGCGAUGAAGCAUGGGAACAAGCGACCAAUCUGCAAGGUGUAUGGCAAUACGAGCAGCCAAGCGACUGCAGAUCAGCAGGGGCCCAUUGUUGCGUGCAAUUUCCUUCGGGCGGACGGCAGCUAUGUCGGGUAUAGCGAAGUAAACAAACUAGCCGACAUUCACGACAUCCAUUUGCGAACUGGUUGCUUUUGCAAUCCAGGUGCGUGUCAGCACUACCUCGAGUUGAAAGACGCUGACUUGAUGUCGAACGCUGAAGCCGGUCAUGUCUGUGGAGACAGCAUUGAUGUGGUCAAUGGACUACCCACUGGUGCAGUUCGUUUGUCGAUUGGGUACAUGACAACAUUCGAAGACGUUGUAGCUUUUCUAGCAUUCGUGUCCAGUUAUUUUGUCUGCAGAAUGGCAGCGCCAGCUCCAAGUUUACAGUCCACAUCGCCGUCCAUCAAGCCUGCAUUGAAGGGACCUUAUCUCUGCAAGAUCACUCUUUACCCGAUCAAAUCAUGUUCCGGUAUGAUCGUCGAUGCCUGGCCUAUCGGAUCGAGAGGAUUGCUGUUUGACCGAGAAUUCGCGAUCGUGGAUGUGUCAACCGGCAAAGCGCUGACACUCAAGGCGCUGCCAGAGCUAUGCUUUGUACACCCCGUCCUUGAUCUGGAACAAGACACACUGACGAUCUCGUAUCGCGCGCCUAACGACAGCUCCAUGUCGCGGCAACCUGCAGCGUGUUCAAAGUCGGUCACCAUAUUGUUACGCACAAACGUCGCAGCGGCGCAGCAGUACAACAAAGGCGACGAGCGAAGCAUGAGCGUUUGCAGUGACAAGUCUCAAGGCAGCGAAGUAGGCUCUGACGUCUCUCGAUGGCUAAGCUCAUGUCUUGGUCGGCCCUGCGCGCUCAUGCGCGUGCCGAACGACCACACCCGCACCGCACCGACACCUCACACCGAAACGACCACGAACACCACUGCAAGUGCUGCAAGCCAACAACAGUCUAAAGUCCCAGCUACCAGCCACGUGCGUCAUCGUCCGUCGAUCGGGUUUGCCAACCAGGCACAGUACUUGCUCAUCUCCCGCCAGAGCGUGGCCAACUUCAGCUCGAAGCUCACUGCGUCCCACGCGUCCAUACACAUCAGUGAAGACGCAUUCCGAGCCAACUUCAUUGUCGAUGGAUGCGCCGAGUCGUUUGACGAAGACACGUGGCAGCACGUGCGCAUCGGCGACGGCGCCUUUGACGUCUCGGGUCCGUGCAGUCGCUGCAACGUCAUCAACGUGGACCCGCACACGGGCGAGUUCCGCCGCCAGCCACUGCAGGUGCUGUCCAGCUACCGACGGCAGCGCAGCAGUAUCUUCUUUGGUCAGUUCCUCGCGUCGGCCUCAGGCACUACUGUGUGGCUCCGCGUGGGCGACAAUGUUGAAGUGGACGCUCGGGCCGCAGCCAGUCAACCGGUGGCGCGCGAUGCCUUGCGAAUGUGA